UCCUCUGGUCCACUGUGGACGUAGCAACUCGGGAAUGACAUUUUUUUCAAUUUCAGACAAGGAGAACUAUCGCGCGGAUUAGCAAAAUUCGCUGAAUCCAAACGGCUGUGCGGGGGGGGAAGGCUCCAUGAAUGUACGUCACCAUGAUGAUGACGGACCACAUGCUGGAGCCCCUGCUGCAGCUGAAUGUCGAGGUUCCCAUGAUGCACCACGCACCCAUGAUGAACGGGGACGCCACGCAACAGGUGAUCUUGGUCCAGGUGAAUCCCGGGGAGACGUUCACCAUUCGCAGAGAGGACGGGACGCUGCAGUGCAUCCAAGGGCCCGCAGAAGUUCCCAUGAUGUCACCAAACGGUUCCAUCCCACCCAUUCACGUUCCCCCAGGCUAUAUCUCCCAGGUUCUGGAGGACAACACGGGUGUGUGGCGGGUUGUGGUCACCCCUCACUCUGAAUGUUACCCCCCCAGCUACUCACCCGCGCUCUCACCCACGCACCACCUGCCCCCACCCUACAUGACGCACCCCCACUUCAUCCCCACCUCACCCGCCGCCUACUACCCGCCUGCCAGCCAUGGAGACGUAGGCCCUCACCAGUACUACCAGCACCGCCUGGCCCCCAUCUACCCCGAGGAGAUCCUGUACAACAUGACGUUUCUGGGGAGAGAGGAGCACUGCAAGCCGCCGCCCAAGAAGCUGAAAGAGCGGAUUGGCGAGCGGCAGGGCCUGUCCCGGGUUACCACGCCGCCCUCUUCCACCUACAAGAGCGGCCCGCAGUGUAGCGCCACCCCCAACGGCUACGGCAAGGGCCAUGCCAGUGCCGUGGCGACGAGCCCAGGGGGCGGGGCCAGCGGAGGGAGCCCCGGGACCAAGAGGGCAGAACGCAAGGCCAGAGGAAGCCCCAAACACACUGAUGGUGAGCAGCAAGAAUCCGACCUAGACUCAAGGAGAGAACAGGAUGUGCUGUCAGGAAUAGACAAGCCACAGGUGUCAAAAAUCCAGGCUCGCUCGGCACUGGUGUCCUGGGCACGAGCCCCGCGGGCAGGGGCGUCUGGGCGGGGCCAGGCUGACGGAGCUCCGCCCACAUGUAGCUACGAGCUGCUCCUCGCCGACAAGGGCAGCGAUGGGAAGUACAGGGUUGUGUACAGUGGGGAGGAGCUGCAGUAUACUCUCACUGACCUGAGGCCAGCUACGGACUAUCACGUCAGAGUAAGUGCAGCGUGCAACUCCGUGAAGGGUCCCGAUUCAGAGGCGAGGACCUUCACUACCCACAGUGCCCCCCCAGACAUUCCCCUGCCCCCGCGACUCUCCCACCGCACCAAGAGCUCCCUCACUCUGCAGUGGAAGCCCCCUGUUGAUAAUGGCUCAAAAAUCACCAGCUAUAUUCUGGAGUGGGAUGAGGGGAAGAAGAAUGGCGUCUUCAGAGAGUGUUAUUUUGGCCACCAGAGGCAUUUCAAAGUCAUGCGCCUGUGCCCUGCUGUGGGGUACACGUUUCGAGUGGCGGCACUCAACGACAUCGGGCCCAGCCGCUUCAGCACCGAGAUGGUUUUCCACACCACGGGCAGUCUCCCCCAGAUGUCUGUGGCUCCACGUCUGCUUCGGGCGGGACCAUCCUGGCUGGUGCUGGAGUGGACACGUCCCAGCAGCUGCAGCCCGGAGGAGGAGCCCGUGUACAUGCUGGAGAUGCAGGACGAGAGCAAGGGGGCGGAGUUUCACACUGUGUACAGCGGGACAGAGCUGAGCAGUAAGGUGGAGGACCUGAGCAGGAGCACCCAGUACAAGUUCAGGCUCUCUGCCUGUAGCGCAGGGUGGCGCAGUGCCCCCAGUUCCGUACUUGUGUGCCGGACAGGUGCAGACAGACCCGGACCCCCGACGGCCCCUGCGAUCAGUGACGUCACACCGCACAGCUUCCGCGUGACGUGGGAUCCCCCACAGGAUGAUGGAGGGUGUGGCGACUCGACGUACCUCCUGGAAAAGUCUGAAGGGACUUCUGAAGCCAUUGGCCAAUGGGAGGUGGCGUACCGUGGGCCAUUGCGGGAGCAUGUGUGUGAUGGGCUGAGAGCAGCGACUCUGUACUCUGUUCGGGUCAGUGCCAUCGGCACUGGAGGCCACAGCCAGUCCACAGAAAGUGUGCUGGCCUGCACCCUCAGCCUGCCCCCUGGUCCUUGUCACCCCCCAACCAUCCAGGUUCCUGCCAAACAUCGGGAGGUGAACUUACAGUGGGAAGCAUGUGAUGGUGAGAACGAAAGUCUUCUCUAUAGUGUGGAGAUGAGGGGACCAGAGCAGGAAGAAGACGACGUGACACAGGUGUACCACGGGACACAGACCGAGUGCACAGUGGCUAGCCUGCUGCCUGGCGCCACCUACAGGUUCCGAGUGUGUGCAGCCAAUGAUGCCGGGAAUGGACCGUACAGCGACUUCCUGGAAGUGACGACCGCAGCCGGACCUCCAGGCCAGUGUGCGGCGCCGGUUGUCAGCCUGACCUCACACACCUGUGCGGUGGUCAGCUGGGAGGCGGACCGGAGCUCGGGGGCAGACAUCUCUGGCUACCGGCUAAGCUGGGGUCAGGACCAGGACUCCCUGGAGCUGGUUUACAGUGGGACGGACACCUCCUACGAAGUCAGCGACCUGGAAGCAGCAGUGAGCUUCUGCUGUAGACUGCAGGCCGUCAACCAGGUGGGGGCAAGCCCCUACAGCGAGCCAGUGUGGUGCCGCACGCCGGCGGCCCCGCCCGACGCCGUAGCCGGGCUGCGGGUGCGCGAGGCCGCCCCCUCGCCCGACAGAUCGGAGCCCUUCUCGCCCUCCACGUGCCUGGCGCUGGCCUGGGAUGAGCCGAGGUGCAACGGCCAGGAGAUCAGCCACUACACAAUCGCUGUGGGCGACGAUCACGUCGCCAGCAGCACCACCUGCCAUGUGAUCAGGGAGCUGCAGCCCGACACCGAGUACAGUGUGCAGGUGAGGGCAGAGAAUGCAGCGGGUGCCGGUCCAUUCGGACCGUGCCUGCGGGUGAGAACCAGGCCGUUGCCACCGCCGGCCCCCAGGCUGGAGUGUGCCGCUGUGGGGCCACAGAGCCUCCGGCUGCGAUGGGGGGAGAGCGGCAAGGGGCCGCUCACAAACCAGGUCACCUACAUUCUGCAGAUGGAGGACAGGAACCAGAGGUUUGUGCCAAUCUACCGAGGACCAAGUCGCACAUACCGGGUGCAGCGGCUGAGCGAGUCCAGCCGCUACACGUUCCGGAUCCAGGCAGUGAGUGAGGCCGGCGAGGGCCUUUUCUCCGAGACCUGCUCCUUCUCCACUACCAAGUCGGUGCCCCCAACGCUCAAAGCUCCGCGAGUGGCUCAGUUAGAGGGCAAUACGUGUGAGGUCACCUGGGAGAACGUCCCACCUAUGAGGGGAGACCGGAUCAGUUAUGUGCUCCAGGUCCUGGGCGGGAGGGAGUCGGAGUACAGACAGGUCUACAAGGGAGAGGACACCACCUUCCAGCUCUCCGGCCUGCAGUGGAAUUCGGACUACCGCAUCCGCGUCCUCGCGUGCAGGCGCUGCUUGGAUACCUCUCAGGAGCUGUGUGGCUCCUUCAGCCCCUCCACUUACUUCUCCCCACGCCGCUCCCCCUCUGCCUCGGCUGGCGGGGCGGCCGUGGCCGGCGCCGCUUCAACCCGGGGCCUCACGGACGAGCAGUUUGCCAGCCUCAUCGUCCUCGGCGUGGCAUCCUUCUCCAUCUUCAUCGCCUACCUGCUCCAGCUUCUCAUUUGAAGUCUCAGGGCAGAAAUGGCACGGCACAGCCAAACCUGAGGGACGUCAGACCAACACAGUCUGGGCUGUCUGGUAGGAGGGACUUCAGACCAACACAGUCUACAUUGGCUGGUAGGAGGGACUUCAGACCAACACAGUCUACAUUGGCUGGUAGGAGGGACUUCAGACCAACACAGUCUACAUUGGCUGGUAGGAGGGACUUCAGACCAACACAGUCUACAUUGGCUGGUAGGAGGCAUCAGACCAACACAGUCUACAUUGGCUGGUAGGAGGCAUCAGACCAACACAGUCUACAUUGGCUGGUAGGAGGCAUCAGACCAACACAGUCUACAUUGGCUGGUAGGAGGCAUCAGACAGCCACUCCCACUCCCCCCACCUCGUCAAUUCUUUUGUUUUACUUGUUUGUCUUUUUUAGUGUAUUUUAAACUUGGUGUCUUUGUUGCACAAAUUUUUAAACUACAUCUUAUGAAACUGAAAAGUGGUAAAUAAAAAGUAUUUUUUAUAUGUUUUCCAAGGUUUAUAGGUCCUUUUUUUUUCUACAGCUAAAUUUUGAGAGGCCCCACAAACAUUCAAGCGUUAAAAUAUUUCUGUAUUUUUACAAAGUGUUUAUUAAUGCUAUAGCUUUAACAUAUCAGCUAAGAUGAGGUGUGUAAUUUCAUAUUUUCUGUUAAAGCUACUUUUGCUGGUUGGUGUAACAGUAAGCUUGAGGUUCUCAACACUAACGCAGUAGUACUAAUACUACACUAGUGAUACCUAGAGCAUAUUCUAGAGUUGUUGAUAUUCAAUGUGAAGAAGAGAAAAUGGAAGUCAAGAAAAUAAAGGUACAAGAGAGCUCCAUCUCAUUCAGUUUCAGGCCAUUAUAUUUAUUGUGCCCGUAAAUUAAUUUUUUAAUGACUAAUCAGU